CACACUAUCACCUCUAAAUUCGCGCGUUUUGUUGUUUGCCGGCAGCUAUUGUGAAAUUAAUUCAAAAAACAUUAUUGUAAGCCCUGAAAAGCCAGCAAAAUGAACGAUUCAUUUGGAGAUUUCAACGCCACACAAACGGCGCCCACGGGAGCAGCCAGCAAUCAGAAGGGAGAGGGAAUAGUGCCACUGGUGGUGAAGCAGAUUGUGGACGCCCCGGAGGGCAACAUCGAAAUGUUCGGCAUGCAAUACGGCAUGGCCUGUGUGGUGGCCAUAGUGCGAAACAUCGAGACUUCCUCGACGAAGAUUACCUACACCCUGGAGGACCACAGCGGCAGGAUCGAUGCGCACUAUUGGUUGGAGGAGGGCGAUGCCCUCAAGGCCCCCGAGGUCAUGCUGAACAACUACGUGAAGGUCUAUGGCACCACGCGAUCGCAGGCGGGCCAGAAGACCCUAAUGGUCUUCAAACUGCUGCCCGUUCUGGACCCGAACGAGCUGUGCACCCAUCUCCUGGAAGUGCUCAAUGCGCGCUACAGGGCCGAGGAUUACCAGAACAAGGGCGGAUCUGGGGCAGUGGCUUCUUCCGGCUCCAUCGCUGAUUUCACCGCCUCCCAGAGCUCGGCCAUUGUAAGUGGGCUGGAUCCCAAGCAGCAGGCCGUCUUCCAGGCCAUCAAGAGCAAUGUAUCCGAGGAGGGCAUCUCCCGCAAGGAACUGAAAGCCAAGUUCUCGCACAUCAGCGACUCAGAGUUGACCAACAUUCUGGACUUUAUGAUUUCCGAGGGGCACAUUUACUCCAGCAUUGAUGCUGAUCAUUUUAUUUGCACAAUGUAAAUCGAAUCUUAAUCACAAACAUGUUAUUCCAAAAUGCGUAUUAAAUAAGUAUAUUAAAAAAA